AUGUCUAGUAACCAAGUAUCCUUUGGCCGUAUUCUAACGAUUGCCGGUGUGACAGUUGCAACCGCUUUUGCUGGUUAUGCAGCAUACUUUGACUACCAAAGAAGAAACAACCCAGAAUUUAGAAAGCAAUUGAAGCGCAAACUGAAGCAACAUGCUGAGUUGGAAAAGCAAGCCAAGGAGGAAGCAAAGCAAGAGAAGCUCAAGAGGGUGAAUGAGAUCUUGAUAGCUGAGUUGAGCAAGGACCCUCUGCCUCAAGACCCUUCGCAAAGAGAGGCUGCUUUCUCUUCCAACGUCGAGAUGGGUGAGAAGCUUGCUGCCGUUCCAGGUAGCGAAUUGGAAUCCGCUUUGAAGUUCUACAAGGCUCUAUCCGUGUAUCCAAAUCCAAGUGACUUGUUGGGUAUCUACCAGAGAUCUUUGUCUGAGGAAAUUUACGAGAAUAUUGUCUUGAUGAUUGCGUUGAUGCCACCUUCUAACGUCUCCUCAUUCUUGACAGGUGCCGGUGUCGGCUCAGCUUCUUCAGCUGCUCCAGCCGCUACAGUUGAGAUUGACGAAUAG